AUGAGCUACUACAGCAGCCACUAUGGAGGCCGGGGUUAUGGCUACCGAGGUUUUGGGAACCUGGGUUAUGGCUGUGGCUGUGGCUUUGGAGGCUAUGGAUAUGGUUCUCACUAUGGAGGAUAUGGCUAUGAUUAUCGCCACCCAUUUUACUAUAGAGGGUAUGGAUUCUCCCGUUUCUACUGA